GCAGUGUUGGACCAAAUGAGGGAGGAUAAGGAGACUGCAGAGAGUCAGAUUGAUUUCCUGAAUUCAGUCAUUGUGGACCUCCAGAAGAAGAAUCAGGAGCUCAAGGACAAACUGGAAAAAAUGGCAGCUGCUGCCCUUAAUGGGAAUAAUCCAAGCGAGCUGGAUAACUAUGACGGCCACGACAAGCAGCCUGCAAAGAAGAAACCUCCUCCGAGGCUCUUCUGCGACAUCUGCGACUGCUUUGACCUCCACGACACUGAGGACUGUCCUACGCAAACGCAAAUGCCAGACUCCCCUCCACACACCACCUACCAUGGCAAUAAGGGUGAGGAGCGGCCCUACUGUGACAUCUGUGAGGUCUUUGGGCACUGGACUGACUCCUGUAACGAUGACCAGACCUUUUAAAGCCUUUUUGCUUUGUUUUUUCUUUAAACCCUCAUUCGCACAAUCACUAUAUUUGCACACCAUUUUGGAUUACGCUGUGCUUCUGGGGUCCUAAUUGUGCGUGUGUGUAUACAUUUUGUGUGCUUUUU